GGGGAAUCUUAUUUAUACAUUGAAAAAAAGAAGUCGGUGUUGUUCUAAAAUAAAUAACACUAUUCCAAACUAGAUUGAUGUCUAAGACAAAGGCUGAAGAGCUAAAAGAGCUGGGCAAUGCCGCAAUCCGGAAUGGGAACGCGUUAGAAGCUAUGAUCCACUACACACACGCCAUCAAGUACGACCCCCAGAAUCACCUGCUGUACAGCAACCGAUCCCUGGCCUUCCUCAAGUCUCAGCAGUAUUACUACGCACUGGACGACGCACACCAGGCAAUCAGACUACAACCUAACUGGCCCAAGGGUUUUUAUAGGAAAGGAGAAGUAGAGUAUGAGGUUGGGAAGUAUUCUGAUGCUUUGAUGUCAUACAAGAAAGCUAUGAUUUUGGAUCCCUCUGAUGCCAAAUUGAAAGAUGCUGUUGACAAGACAAACCGAGAAAUCUCCAAAGAAAAGAAAACUGAAGCGAGACAGCCAUUGAUGUUUGGUGGGAUUGGUGUCCUGGUUGGAGUUCUGCUGGUUCUUGCUGACCUCUAUGUUGCUGACCAGCCAUCUCUUUCAAAUCCCAUAGUGCAGGUGCUAAUCAUAGUGGUAUUUGGUGCUUUAGGGUUUGGCUCGGCUAAAAUAUACAGGUUUUUGGUGAAAUCUCAGCGAGCAUCACUUCUUGAGCGUCCAGUUGACUUGUUAGAUGAAAUGAAUCCAUCUGACAACUCUGAUCCAUCAGAAACGAAUGACACUUCCAGUGAGAAAACCAGCCAAGAACCGUCAACGAGGAAGGGAAAAGCUGCUGCGUACCAGCGAUAUAGGAAAGGGAAAAGCUAACGACUAGUUUUUAAAACUAGCGUGUGUGUGUGUGUGUGACCAAUAAAGAAAAACAGACACAGGUGUCAGUUCAUAAGACGGAGAUGCGAAGUAAUCAUUUCUCACUUCUGUGACCAACUCUCAUUUGAUAAUGAUAAACUUGGAAUUUAUCCAGGGUUUUUAUCCAGGGACGCAUGUCCAAUGGGAUUGGGACAAUUAGUGCGAUUAAAUCAUACUUGGGAUAUUUUUUUCAGGCCACUGAAUGAUACAGUACACAAAUGUUAAAUUAAUUUACUAGAACAGACAUAAUUGAAUAAUUAUAUAUAUUGGGAAUUUUUAGCAUAGAAAUUGGGAAUUUUUAGUGCCACUUUCUUUUGGGAAGGAGCCAAUGUUUGGACCCACAGAAUGCCUGAAUAAAUCCCUGGAUAAAUAUACAGAACUUCACAUGCAUUGUUUUCGCUUUCUAUUUAUUGCACAAGUUUAUUUUACACAAGAAUAUAUACCACUAGACCGUGUAGGGGUUGAGUGGUAUGUUCUUUCACAAAAUAAAACGAAUGCAAUAAAUAGAAAGCACAAACAAUAUAUGUGAAGUUCUGUAUUUAUUAUUACACACCUUCUUUUACAUUUAUGUUUUACAAAAAAAGUUGUAUUUAACAUCAUAACAACACUUUGUUAAAUCCAUGAUCAAAACUCCUUUCAUGGAUUUGUUGAAUGUUAAGCAUCAUACUCUGUGGCAGCCUUAUGUAAUGUUUCAAAUACGAUGUAUAAUUUGUAAAUCAUAUAUGAUGUCAGUAAAUAAAAGGUGCUAAUUGCAGUAAAAAUAAAAAGGGAAUUCCCCAUUUAAAAGUUCCAGUCCAGAUUUAUCACAGUUAGAAAAUGUCUUUAUCACUAUAGUAAGAUUGAAUAGGUAUGUAAUAAACAAACUUAUUUACUCAAACAGAAAUGUGAAUAUUUAUCUGUUAUUGCUGGUCACGAAUUGUUUUAGGAUAUAACAUCAGAACGUUUUGUACAGUGUGUUUUCAUUAUCUAAAUCAAAAUACAUUUGUGCUAAUAUCUUACUACAAAAUAUCUUCUGAUGAACUUUGUGUGUUCUGAUAACUUUGUAAGAGACAAGGUCACAUACAAAGGGAUGUGUUUAAGUAAACACAUCUCAGCAGCCAGUAACGUGCAUUUCUAAUUGGACUCACUGGAAGGACUAGCAGAGGACAAUAGCAUUGUUUAACCGACCUCAGUGGUGUCGUGGUUAAGCCAUCGGAUAUAAGGCUGGUAGGUACAGGGUUCACAGCCCGGUACCGGCUCCCGUUCUGAGCGAGCUUUAACAACUCAGUGGGUAAGACCACUACACCCUCUUC